GCGAUGGAGUGUAAGAACUGCGAGUUGAGACAACGUCAGUACUAUUGCGCAAUCUGUCUCAAAAACCAUCUACGUGAUUUCCGCCUUCAAACUCACCAUUUUUCCUCCGACAGAGACGAACACGUUGCUCGUGCAUUUCGUGCAUUCAAGUCUAUUGAAUCUAGUCACCUCCAAACUCGUGCAGAGAUUGCACGAGCGAAUCGCAGCCUAGAGCAAUUAGUUGAUGGCCUUGCCAAAGUAAGAAGAGACUGUGAGAGCAAGCGCGACCGUCUCCGUACUCUUCGAGAGGCCCUUGCUCAGCGCAGACGCACACUUAACGCCGCACGCCUCCUUCCGCCUCAAUCGCAAACACUUACCAAGGAGUCUCAGGAACUCUCUGUACUGAGUCAAACUAUCGCUAGAGCACGAUCGGGCCUCGUACAGGAGCUAGUAGAAGUCUUUCACGUCGUCGAAGUCGGCGGUCGACCCGCAGUUGGUGGACGACCAGGCGCAAAAGGAGAAUGGACUAUUGGUGGACUAGUUCUUCCAGUACCGGGAGAUGUUAGACGAUACCCACCUGAUCAUAUCAACGCCGUCAUAACUGACACUAUUCACUUUCUGGGACUCCUUACUUUCUACCUAGGUAUCAAACUACCUUUCGAAGUUUCGUGGUCUUGCAGAAAACUCGGGGUUGGUAUGCCUUGGAUUGGAGCAGGACAAGGGGGUGAAUCAUGGGCAAAAUGGGUGAAAAAACACCCCAUGCACCUAACCUCUAAACCAUCCUCGACACCAUCUUCUCCCACCUCGUCGCCAUCCUACACACCCGCAUCGUUAGCUGAUUCAGAAGCUCUAGAACAGGCACCAGCCCACGCCCAAAACCAAUCGUUCACGACCGGCUUUGCUAUGCUUCUUUAUAACGUGUGUUAUCUCGCUCAUACCCAAGGUGUCGAGAUUCCCUUGUCCCAGGCAGGUGAUGCAUUGGGUAAUUUGUGGGCUGUAUGUUGUAGUGGAGAGCUUGGGCGGUAAGUCGCCUUUUACUCACCUUCGAAACCUUCGGCACUCUAUCCUUGCUUCAUUGUUUAUUCAUUCUAUCAUCCAAAUUCGGCGUUCUCUGAUUGAUGUCGUUACAGUCGGUCGCACUCUACCACCCCGCUCCUCUUGCCUCCGACCCCUCCCUCGUUUACGCUUGACUUUACGCAGGUCCUUCAAGCUACUGCUGCCAGUCCUGCCCGAGCAGUACGAAUACGGCCGGGGCGUUUGGUGCAAGAAGCUGACAUCGGGAGGAUGAGGAGCGAACGUAUUGUGGAGGAGGAUGGCUGGGAUGUAGUAGAGCUUGGCGGAGAAGAGGGAUUUGGAUAAAUGGACGAGCUGGGAGAUGGUGGAUCAUUAGCAUGUUACAUUGUUCUGAGAGCUUUGAUAUGAACCUGGAAUAGUUAGUCUUGUAUGAAUAAACUUGAGGUCAGUAGCUUG